AUGGAAGAGCAAAACCUUCUCUCAGAGGUCCCAGCAGCCCUGAAGCGCCUAGCCAAGUACAUAGCGCGCGGUUUCUAUGGGGUCGAGUACUCCCUGGCUCUUGAUGUGCUGAUCCGCUACCCCUGUGUGAGAGAGGACGACUUGUUACAGCUGCUCAAGUAUGAGCGAAAGCAGCUGCGCACUGUGCUCAACGGGCUCAAGGCAGACAAGUUAGUGAAGCUGCGGAUGAGAGUUGAAACGGGGCCCGACGGGAAGAGCACAAGGCACAAUUACUAUUACAUCAAUUACAAGGUGCUGGUGGAUGUGGUAAAAUACAAACUGGAUCAUGUACGCCGGCAGAUAGAAGCAGACGAGCGGGAUUCAACUACUAGGUCCUCUUUUAAAUGUCCAUCUUGCUCCAGCAUUUACACAGACCUGGAAGCCAAUCAGCUGUUCGAUGUGUUUACAGAGACUUUUCGCUGCACUUACUGCAACACUGAAGUGGAGGAAGAUGCCUCAGCACUUCUUAAGCGCGACGCUCGAACGUUGCUAGCGAAAUUCAAUGAGCAGAUGGAACCCAUCUUUGUGCUCCUGCGUGAGACUGAAGAGAUCAUUCUGCCAUAUGACUUGCUAGAGCCUCAGCCAACAGAAAUACCAGAAUUAUCAGAAAGAUUUGAUCACAAGGUGCGUUCAAGUGUGCUGGAAUCCUGCAGCCGACCUGAAAAAUGGGCCAACAGAAGUUCCUCUUUUGGCAAUAUAUAUACCCAAAACUUAGUUAUUGAUGUCCAAGGCUCUGAGUCCAAGGAGAAAACAAGAGUAAAAGCAACUGAAAAGCAACCUAUCUGGAUGUCACAGAGCACUGUGGAAGGAGCAACAACCACCACAAACAAUGGUGUUGCAGUUAAUGCUUCUGAAGAAAGUGUCAAAGAAACUGUCACUGAUAAUGAAAUAAUCAAGACUCUUCUGAUCCAUGAAUCUAAGUCAUCAUCUAGCACAGACCAGGCUCCUGCUGUCAAAAGCAAACACCCUGAAUCAAACAGUGAUACCAGUGAAUCUGAAGAAGAGGCUAAGCACUCAAGAGUGGGAAUAAAAGUAGCAAGCAGCAACUUUGAACAAGAGGAGGAACAGGACACACAAGGUCCUAUUUUAAUGGUAGCCGGUCAGCCUCAUUCAUAUGGUGAGAUCAGUGAAAAUCCAGAGCUUGUGUCUGUCAUGACAAAUGAAGAGAGAGAAGCUUAUAUAAAAGUAGGGCAAGAAAUGUUCCAGUCUGUCUUUGAAUAA